CCUGGGAAACACGCACGCAGGAGAGAAAGCGAACUCGCUCGCUCUUCAGCAAAGCCAAGACGGUCAGCGGCGGCACAGACACAAUGUCACCGACUGUGUAACCGGGUGCGCUGCAUCCCAAAGAUAGAACGCCGCGCAGUUUUUGUAAAGGAAACGUUUUAAUGGUUUAGCCUAGUCCUACUCGUUCUGUGGUGAUUUUUUAUAAUGACGGCAGAAUUGCAAAGCCGUAGCUGUUGUCGUCGCUGUUCACGCGCCAAGGAGCACCGUCGCCAGUAACGUUAAGCUAAGCCGAUAAAGAAAGGAAAAUCAAGCUAUUUAUAACACUCGUGCUGCUUUACGCCAUCUACCACCGGGGACGUUAGAAGCAUGUCGGCCGGCCAGGACGAAAGUUCGGUGCGCGUGGCGCUGAGGGUUCGCCCCCAGUUGGCGCGGGAGAAGAUUGAAGGAUGCCACAUCUGCACGUUUGUGACGCCGGGCGAGCCCCAGGUGAUGCUGGGGAAGGACAAGGCCUUCACAUACGACUUCGUCUUUGACAUGGACGCCACGCAGGACGCCAUCUACUCCAGCUGCACGGAGAAGCUCAUCGAGGGAUGCUUCGAGGGCUACAACGCCACCAUCUUCGCCUACGGACAGACGGGUUCGGGGAAGACCUACACCAUGGGCACGGGGUUCGACGUGAACAUCGAGGACGAGGAGCUGGGCAUCAUCCCCAGGGCAGUAGGCCAUCUGUACAGGGGCAUUGAGCAGCGCAGGCAGGCCGCAAUCGAGCAGGGCGCCCCAGUGCCCGAGUUCAAAGUCAACGCCCAGUUCCUGGAGCUCUAUAAUGAGGAGGUGCUGGACCUGUUUGACUCCACGCGGGACAUGGAGACUCGUAAGCAGAAGUCCAACAUCCGCAUCCACGAGGACGCCAACGGGGGCAUCUACACCGUCGGGGUCACUACGCGCAACGUCACCUCUGAGGCAGAGAUGAUCCAGUGUCUGAAGUUGGGCGCUCUGUGUCGUACGACAGCAAGUACCCAGAUGAACGCCCAGAGCUCGCGCUCGCACGCCAUCUUCACCAUCCACCUGUGUCAGGUGCGCGUCUGCGCAAACCCCAGUGGCAGCGACAAGGAUGGAGAGACAGACAACCGGCUGGCCAACGGCUCGGGCGAGAUGAACGAGUUCGAGACGCUGACGGCGAAGUUCCACUUUGUGGACCUGGCCGGGUCGGAGCGCCUGAAGCGGACUGGCGCCACGGGGGACCGGGCCAAAGAGGGCAUCUCCAUCAACUGCGGCCUGCUGGCCUUGGGGAAUGUGAUCAGUGCUUUGGGGGACCGGAGCAAGCGUUCGACCCAUGUGCCGUACCGAGACUCCAAACUCACACGGCUGCUGCAGGACUCGCUGGGGGGCAACAGUCAGACGAUGAUGAUCGCGUGCAUCAGUCCAUCUGACCGGGACUUCAUGGAGACUCUGAACACACUGAAGUACGCCAACCGGGCGCGGAACAUCAAGAACAAGGUGGUGGUCAACCAGGACCGCGCCAGUCAGCAGAUCAGCGCCCUUAGAACCGAGAUCGCACGUCUGCAGAUGGAACUCAUGGAGUACAAGACGGGUAAGCGUAUGGUGGGGGAGGACGGUGUGGAGAGUGUGAACGACAUGGUGCAUGAGAACGCCAUGCUGCAGACGGAGAACAGCAACCUGCGCAUGCGUGUCAAGGCCAUGCAGGAGACCAUCGACGCCCAGCGCACACGGCUAACACAGAUCAUCAGCCAAAACGCCAGCCAGGCACUCAGCAAGAGCGGGGAGGGGAGUGAGGAGAUCGGCAACAUGAUCCAGAACUACAUCAAAGAGAUUGAGGAGCUCAGGGCGAAGCUGCUGGAGAGCGAGGCGAUGAGUGAGAGUCUGAGGCGGAACCUGUCGCGGGCGUCCGGUCGUCCGGGCUCCCUCUACGUGCCGGCCGGAUCAUUCGCCGUCGCGCCGGAAAAAGAGGCCUCCGAGAUCCUGGAGAUCGCCAAAAAGGACCUGGAGAAGCUCAAGAAGAAGGAGAAGAAGAAGAAAAAGAGACUUCAGCAGCUGGAGAAAACACACUCCGAGGAGCUGGAUCAUGACAGUGUGGUCCGAGAGGGAACGCCAGACAACGAGCUGGAGAGAGAGGGGCAGGAACGCACCAGUGAGGAGGCAGAAGGGGAGGGCAGUGACCAUGACGAUGGAGAGGAGAACGAGGGUGAUGAGGAGGACAGUGAGAUGGAGGUGGAGGAGAGCUCGGACAACGAGUCCGACUCUGAAUUGGACGACAAAGGAGAAGAGAACUUCCAGGCUGAUCUGGCCAACAUCACGUGUGAGAUCGCCAUUAAGCAGAAGCUGAUCGACGAGCUGGAGAACAGCCAGCGGCGCCUGCACACCCUCAAGCAGCAGUACGAGCAGAAGCUCAUGAUGCUGCAGACCAAGAUCAGAGACACACAGCUGGAGAGAGACCGCGUGCUGCACAACAUGGGCUCGGUGGAGACGUGUACGGAGGAGAAGGCGAAGAAGAUCAAGGCGGAGUACGAGCGCAAGCUGAGCUCCAUGAACAAGGAGCUGCAGAAGCUGCACUCGGCCCAGAAGGAGCACGCGCGCCUCCUCAAGAACCAGUCGCAGUACGAGAAGCAGCUCAAGAAGCUCCAGCAGGAGGUGUCCGAGAUGAAGAAGAUGAAGGUUGGCCUGAUGAAGCAGAUGAAGGAACAGCAGGAGCGGAACCGCACCUCAGAAACUAGACGGAACCGAGAGAUUGCCACGCUGAAGAAGGACCAGAGGAAGCAGGAGCAUGUGAUGAGGCAGCUGGAGGCCCAGAAGAGGCAGCAGGAACUCAUUCUGCGCAGGAAGACGGAGGAGGUGACGGCUCUGAGGCGGCAGGUGAGGCCAGUCUCCGGUAAGGUGCAGCGCAAGGUGAGUCUCCCAGAGUCCACUCAUGACAUCACUCACCGGUCCACGCCCACCCCGACCAGACCACACACUCCUGGAGCUGCACCUGCCAACGGCACCAGACGAUACCCUGUGCGAGGGGGCGGGGCUUACUCCACCAGAAUGGCCCGUGCCAAGUGGCAGUCACUAGAGCGACGCAUCACGGACAUCGUCAUGCAACGGAUGACCAUCACCAACAUGGAGACUGACAUGAACCGCAUGCUCAAGCAAAGGGAGGACCUUACCAGGCGUCGUGAGAAGGUGUCUCGGAAGCGUGAGAAGAUCGCCACGGAGGGAACAGACGCGGACCGGACGUUGGGAUCGCUGAGCGAGGAGCUGGAGUCCCUCAGCGCCAACAUCGACUACAUCAACGACAGCAUCGCCGAAUGCCAGGCCAACAUCAUGCAGAUGGAAGAGGCGAAGGAGGAGGGCGACACUGUGGAUGUUUCUGCGGUGAUCAGCUCCUGCACCCUCUCUGAAGCACGUCUGCUGUUGGACCAUCUCCUGACCAUGGCCAUCAACAAGGGUCUGCAGGCGGCGCAGAAGGAGUCCCAGAUCAAGGUGAUGGAGGGCCGUCUAAAGCAGACGGAGAUCACCAGCGCUACUCAGAAUCAGCUGCUCUUCCACAUGCUGAAGGAGAAGGCUGAGCUCAACCCCGAGCUGGACGCCCUGCUGGGCAACGCCCUCCAGGAACUAGGUAACGUGCAGUCAGAAAAUGGAGACGAGAGCAGUAGUGAUGAGUCAGCCCAGAGCCCAGCUACUGAGGGCAGCUCUUUGGCAUCAGACCUGAUGAAGCUCUGUGGAGAAGCCAAACCCAGGAAGGCCCGCCGGAGGACCACCACUCAGAUGGAGCUGCUGUACGCCGACCCAUGUCCCGACGCCCCGCCGGAGGACUUCACGCCUCCCCUGCUGCCGGUGGUGGAGAGCCCAGAGGGAGCGCAUCUCCUGGGGGACAGAGACGCCGCCGUCUCCCCCUCCGCCCUCACCUCCAGAGCCAUGUACGUCCUGGGGCCAGGGGUCACCAUCACCAUACUGGGGGGGUCGAGAGUCACCGUACUGGGGGAGUCGAAGGUCACCGUACUGUGGGGGUCAAGGGUCACCAUACUGUGGGGUUGAGGAGUCUGUGGGUAC